CCUCCACGAUUGUACAGUAACUGUACUGGCGCUCCGCCAUUGGUUCCAGCCUUCCAUCCGCCGGGAAAAGGAGGCGGGGGCGAGCGGCUCAAUGACUGUCGAGGCUGUGUUGACAGUUCAGAGGCAGCACAGCGGCGGGAUUUGCGCGGGCCUACCGCACCGCAACCCCGCAUGAAGCUGCUAGAAGGCACACCCGGAGCUCAACAUGAUCUCCGAGUUUGACGCCGACCCCGAGAUGGUUUGGAGCGGGCUGCGAGACACGAAGCGGCAUCGAGGCGGGUUGGACGUACCGAACUGCUGGCAGCCAGCGCAAGUGGAUACAUGCGCGAAGUGAGCCUGUUGUUUUGACACCUAAAAAUUGGAAAGAAUAGAUUCGUGGAAGUCCCGAGCUCGGACCAGAAUGGUGACACCCAUAGGUUGAGGGGAAAUUCGCCAAAGUGCUGCUUCGAGGCUCGCGCGCCUGAGAAAGACUGUCCGUCCUGCGCGUUUGACAGAUAGCCAAUCAAAUCUGUUAUUCAAAUCGCUGCUCUUGUUUCACUGACCUGGCCUAUAAUCCAUGCAUGUGCUCCAAAAUCCCAGAGUUCUCUAUGCUCCAGACCCAACAGUAUGGGAACCAACGGCUUAGGCAGCCAAGAGCAGGAGUCAAAGGAGGAGAACCGGACGGAGCAGCCGGACCUCCACAUGGAGUUUAGAGAUGCUGCUCCGGAGCCGGAGAGCAGCCGGGACGCUCCGCCGGCGGCCGGCGACUGCAAGACGCCCGCCUCACCGGCUCCCGACGCCGUGGCGCACGGCCACGGAGCCGGCUUCGUGCCCCCGGAGGGAGGCUGGGGAUGGCUCGUGGUGUUUGCCGCGACCUGGUGCAACGGCUCGAUCUUCGGGAUCCAGAACUCCUUCGGCAUCCUUCACACCAUGCUUGUGAAGGAGCACACGGACCCAGACGACCCCACGUCUCAGUUCAAAGUGGCCUGGGUUGGGGCCUUGGCCAUGGGCAUGAUCUUCUUCUGCUCCCCUGUGGUCAGCAUGUUUACCGACCAUUUUGGCUGCAGGAAGACGGCCGUCAGUGGGGCCGCGCUCGCUUUUAUAGGGCUUCUCAGCACAUCGUUUGCAAACUCUUUGAUUCUUCGAUACUUCACGUACGGCAUAUUGUUCGGAUGUGGCUCCUCCUUUGCCUUUCAACCCUCGCUGGUGAUCCUUGGCCACUACUUCCGCCAGCGCCUGGGCUUAGCCAACGGUGUGGUCACAGCUGGAGCCAGCCUCUUCUCCAUGGGCCUGCCAGUUUUGCUUGAUAAAGUGGUUGAGCCUCUGGGCCUCAGCAGAACGUUCCAGAUCCUCAGCCUCUUCAUGCUGGUCCAGGCCCUUCUAGCAUUAACGUUUAUACCGUUGCUCCCCUCUGGGGGGGCCAUGGGCCCACCAGCCAUGGGGCCUGGUCAGGCUGAGUCCCAGACUCAGGCUGCAGUCCAAGCUGGGAGCAAGUGGGGCAAAGUAGUCGCCAGAAUCAGAAAGUACUUCAACCUGCGUGUCUUUCACAUUGUGACGUACCGAGUGUGGGCGUUUGGAGUGGCCACGGCUGUUUUGGGAUACUUUGUGCCAUAUGUCCAUCUGAUCAACUUCGCAAAGGAGCAGUUCAAGGAGAAUGAAAAGGAAUGGGUGUUGCUUGUUUGCAUUGGAGCCUCAUCUGGGGUGGGACGUCUCGCUUUCGGCAAGAUUGGUGACCUGAUUCCGGGUCUGAAGAAGAUUUAUAUGCAGGUGGUGUCCUUCAUGGCUCUGGGCCUCAUGUCCAUGAUGAUUCCUCAGUGCGCAGCGUUUGAGGGGCUGGUGGUGGUGUGCGCCUUCCUGGGACUUUGCGACGGUUGCUUUCUCACCAUGAUGGCUCCCAUUGCUUUCGAACUGGUUGGCCCCAUGCAGGCCUCGCAGGCCAUCGGUUACCUUCUUGGCCUUAUGUCUCUGCCCAUGACGGCAGGUCCACCCAUUGCAGGUCUCCUGCAUGAUUACUUUGGCAACUACACGGUGGCGUUCUCCCUGGCCGGGGUGCCUCCUAUGGUGGGCGGCGUGGUCCUGUUCUUUGUGCCGCUGAUUCACCGCAGACUUCAGCGAGGCCAGGCUCCUCCAGAGGACACCACUGCCUACAUGCUGCCUGCAGCGCUUCCAGCUGGAGAAGCCAAGAGCUGCUCCAACGGAGACAUCCUGCCAGGCUACACCGAUGUGGAGACCCACAUCUGAGUCACGUCCUACAAAGGGAUUCAGCCCACCAGCACUUUUCUUACCCUUACAAUGCCUAUGGACUUCCUGUUCCUUUUGACUGAUCUCGUCUCCUCCCUCCUGAGAUUCCAUUAGCAGUUUGCUGUUUUUAUGCAAAGAGAAGGUCAGCGUUGGAUGAGUGAGGAGGACGAACAGAACAACUGUAAUUGCUUUCACAGCUCAGCUGUAGCAAACCAUUAGGAUGCAAGACAUAAGGAAAAAAAAACAUUCCAACUCUCUGUUUUAAAGCAUUUAUCUCAGAUUUAAAGCUGCAAAACUACACUUUUAUUUUCAUUUCAUAAAUACAUAUAUACUUAACAAAUUAGACAGUGACAUGUAGUGAAGGGAUACAAUCGAAGUUUUUUAGCAGUACCUCAAUUUUCUACUUGUGGUAUCGCUGUACAUUUUAUUGACAUAGCUUCACUGAAAUAGUCUUUUUGUUUUGUUUGUUUCUUUGAUUUUUCUAACAUGUUACACUUCAAUGUGAUGCAGUACUUUUGAGACAGCUGCAAGACAACUUUUGAGAAAAUCAUAAAAGAGAAAAAGGAUAUUUCUGAUAGACGCAACCGUCUCAGCUCUUCUGACCUCAGCGUUUUUGAUCGUGGCGCUCUAUUCCCUAAAGGACCCAGAACGUAAAACUGAAGGACCUUAAUCUCUUUGCCACUCUGCCUAUGUGUGAUACUGUUGUGUCACUGGAGUAGCUGCUAAUUCCAACGAUAUGCAAUGAACUUUUCACUUCAGUUGAGAUCAGUGAGUUCUUUCAUGCAGGUUACACAAACUUAAAAAAAGGUGAACAUCUGCUUCCUGCUUUAAUCAGACAGGUCUUUUUGAAAUAGCUUGCAGGUGCUGGACAAAUCCACAGAAUCUAUGCAGAAGUGUUUAUGCAGAUGUUACAGGAACCCGAGGAUUGUCUUUACUUCAUUUUGAAAAGGAAUUUUCAUUAUAUCAGUGCAGUUUCUGCUUUUGAAUAUGUGAUGUCAGUUUGUAUUUCAGAUGGGGUACUGAUGCAUUUUAGUACUUAUUCAUGCCGGGGUAUUGAUCAGCUUGAACUUUCUAAGCAUGGCUGGACGGAGGGCAAAGCUCUGGUGAACUCACAUUUAUGCAUGCAGGUGAGGAGAACUGUCAGACUGGAAAAGCUCUUAGUAACUUUGAGAUUCAGUUUCUGAAAGUGGGACACUGCAAAGCAGUACAGAUCCCCAGGAUGAGCGUCAAACUCCAGUCCUGAAAGGCCCCAAGUUGUGGUGUUUUUUUAACAGUUCCCUGCCCUACCUGCUGCUGAUUACCUGAAGCAGAGUACCAACCUCCAAGGACUGACAUUUGUGCUCCAAACGCACAUUAGAGCGGUGUUUGUUUGAAAUAUUGUAACCCUAAAAUUAAAAAAAACAAACAAGCUUUCUAAACCAGGAGGAGUUUAUUUGUAAACCCAGGGCUAUCUUUAUGUUUAUUUGCUGGAUCUCACACAAAGCUAAGCCUGCUGCUCUCAUCCUGCCUGCUCGCUUAUGUAGAGUCCCACUUCAAUGCAGGAGUUUGCAUUUGACCAGAAUGCAAAUGCAAGAAGCCUGGUGCUUUAAGCUGGAGGGGGUAAAAGCAGACACGUGCUGCAACAAAAUCAGACUCCUGUGAACUCUGAAUGUUCAUACAGUCAUGAAUCCAAACAAAGAAGCCCAGCAAAGGAGGGUGUAGUUUUCCUUUGGCCAUUCACAGUUUCAACAUUUUACAUACUGACAAUCUUUUGAGAGGCUGCAGCAACCUAGAAUAUGUGUAGGGCGGUACAGUAAUGGCAAAAGGUCAUCUGGGAAAAGGAAAAGGGAACGCCCUGAUUCUGGUCUGGCAUUUCUUUCCAUUAUCCUUUGCUUUCAUUGAGGACUUCCUGCUGUGUAUACAUUACAUUUUCGAGCCAUUGAGGCAGUUUUUGUUAUUUUUAAAUGAAUUUUAUAUUUCUAAUGCACCAUAGUCAAAUCUGUCAAAAUACAUGUUAGCAAUUAGAUUUGGUUCCCUGAGAAUCGUUCAUCGCAACAGCGGAUGAAAGAAGUAAUUUAUCCAUUUAUGAUUUCUUUAUCAAAAGAAAUUGACAGUCUGUCAAUUUAAUGGUAGGUUCAUUUUAACUGUGAUAGAUAGAAAAGCCCUUUUUUUCCAUUUCAUUGAGGGAAAUAAUUAUUUGAACCCUCUUUCCACAAAGACUUUGUACUUUGAGGUAAAACCCUUAUUAACAACACAGAGGUCAGAUGUUUCUUGUAGUUGAUGAUCAGGUUUCUGCACAUAUCAGGAGGAAUUCUAGUCCACUCAUCUUUGCAAAUGACUUCAAUUGCAUUCAGAUUUGGUGGCUGUUGCUUGGCAACUCUAACCUUCAAUUCUCUCCAUAGGUUUUUUAUAGGGUUGAGUCUGGGUUGAGACUGGCUGGGCCACUCCAUGACUUCUUCAGCCAUUUCUUGGUUGUAUGUUUUGGGUCAUGAUUCUGUUGAAAGACCCAUUCACCACCAAUUUUAAGCAUCUUGGCUUAAGAAGGGAAGGAGAUUCUCACUCAGGAUUUGACAGUACAAGGCUCCGUUCAUCCUCCCAUCCACACGGUGGAGAAUCAUGGGCAGAACCCCCCCCCCCCCCAAAAAAAAAAAAACGUGUUUCCACCUCCAUGUUUGACAGUGGGGAUGGUCUUUUUGGGGUCAUAGGCAGCAUUAGUCUUUUUCCAAACACAAUGGGUUUAGGUGAUGCCAGAGAGCUCAGUUUUGAUCUGAUCUGACCACAGCACCUUCUCCCAAUCCCUCUCUUAAUCAUGAAGGUGUUCAUUGGCAAACUUCAGGCCCACCUAUUUCCCGCGAUGAAAUGGAAAAUUUUAAGUGGGCAAGUCAACAAAAUCAGCAAGGGAUCAAAUAUUUGUUUCCUCCACUGUAAAUAAAUUGUAAAAGCUGAGAAGGACCGCUUCAUCCUUUUAGUUUAGAGUUUAUUAGUUUAGUUUAGUUUAUUGUUAUUACAUUUUUUCCCCCCAGCAAUUUAGUGUCUACAAAAAGAUUAGCAAAAGUGUUCUGCCAUGGGUAAGUUACAGUUUACAGUGAAUUACAAACCUGUUGUGUGGGCAAAGUUGUGUUUGUGAAUUUAUGGCUUCUGUUGCAGAAAUGUUGACUUACUUAAAGAAAAUUAGACACUCUUGACAAAUAAUCUAUGCAUAAGUGAUACCAAGUAUUUCUUUCACCAUGAAAAAAAAUCAUAACGACAUACUUUUUACUUACUUUUUAUUGAUCCAGGAAUUGAAGAAGUCUGAGUCAGGGUCUGAUCCGUUCAGUAGUGAAGUUGUUUUGUUUGGGUUCUGGUCGGGGGUUUUCGUGCAGGUCUUUAUUGGCCUUCUGUUGGCGCACCGUCUCUUUGCCUUAACAGUUACCGACCCUCUUUGUGACUCCAUCCAGUCUUCCGUUUCAUGGUGGAGGUGUUGCCGUCCUCCAAAGCUUCCCCUCUCUAAGCAGUGCAAGCCGACAUCCUGACAUGCGUCACAAUAUUAUGUCCACCAAGAGAAAGUGUGUGUAUGUAGCAUCCCACUACAGCCUCAAUCAAGAAUCUGUUUGGAUGGCUGUUUAGAUUUAUGGCAGCUGGGUGCCACGCUGCAGUUUUAAAGGAGAAAUCCACUGAGAUUUCUUAACUCAUUUUUUCUAUUGAUUAUAGGCAUGUUUUAAACUGUGUUGUAAUUUUGUUUUUGCAGACAACUUAUAGAGAGAUUUAAUGUUCAUGUUGGAAACCCAAAGAUGGAUUUUUUUUUAAAUACUUUAGUUUUAGGUGCUAUAAAAAAUGCAGACCUGUGUAACUGUGUGCAGAGAUGCCUGCUGAUGUUGGAAGACUUUAACUGGUUUUCGGGUACCAGCUGUACCUGUUCUUGGCUCUCUUUAGGCGUGUUUGUCUGUGUUUGUCCUCCUGAUCAUCUUGCCUCCAGGCUGGAUCUCUGGAUAAAGAGGCUGUUUGAUCUUCCAGAGUCAAUUAAAAUAUAGGAUUUGAUCCCUUUUGGUGCUUCUUUCCGUUCAUUAGUUUUGGUCUGUUUUAUAUUCUCAAAUUGAAAUUGCAAGGAGAGGAAAAAAAAGUUUUUUUUACUAUGAAUGGUGGGGACUUCCACAUUUAAUUGAAUUGUUUUUUCUUGUUCUAUUAGUUCUUGUACUUAUUAGGUUUUGUUUGUAGCUAAAACCCUUUUAUAUUAAAAACCGACAUUUCCACUAAUUGUGUUCUUUUAAGGAAAAACUUUUGAUGUCUGCUAACAUGACACAACACACACACAGAGUGUUGUACAGUCUUGUUGUGCCAGGUGUCAUCUUAUAAUCUUUGUGGUUCCAGGUAUCUUUGGUUUUGGCUUUUGCCCCUAUAUUUUAAUGUGUGUAAACCAAGAAGAUGGACAUGUUUGUGAAAGAUUUGAAAAAGACUGACAUGAAUGAGAAGCAGUUUGGUUUCUCAUUGUUUAAUUUGUUUGUUUUUAGCCAUUUUGCUGCUGAGAGAGUGUGGUCAGAUGCCUGAUGAAACACACAUUUCCGUACUAUAGCGCACACCGGAUUGUAAGGAGUACAGUCAAUAAAUGGUCUGUUUACUAACUUGUGUCAUACACACAUCACAUACAUGUGUAUAACUGUACAGCUACCGUUAGACCGUCUGCGGCAACAUGUGUUCGAGCGACCGCUUUCAAUGGAUAAUCUAUGUAAACACGCGUAAACAUAUUUCAGGCUUCUGCGUUAAAAACUCUUGCAUUGACGUGUAGGAACACAACUUUAACGACCAUUUUCAGGAUCUAUGUAGAAAACGCAUGGCCGUUGAAAGCCAAAGGCCAUUGAAAGUGCGUCACAUUGCCGGUGUGUACAUACCAUAAGGCGCAUUAAGGGAGACAAAAGAGUGAGAGAUAACCCCGUCAGUCAUACUUUAAGGCGUUCAAAGUAACUCUAGAACCUUAAGAAUACACGUAAAAAAUUAAUAAAGACUGAUUUAGCUGAAACAAACGUUACUGUAAGUACGUUAACUCUCAAACUUAGUUUUAACACUUAAAAAAAAACAACCAGUCUGACACUGCACCAUGUUAGCGUAUUCAUAAUAAAACCCAACCAACAUUUUGACAGAGCCCUGUGUACCUCUCAGAAUCGCUUCGGCAUCAGUAAGAUCGACCAGAAUGAAUCCAUACAUAAGGCGCUCCAGACUAUAAGGUGCAUUAUCAUUUUUUGAAAUAAAGAAGGCUUUUAAAUCCGCCUCAUAGUGCGAAUAAAAUCCAGAAUAGAUAAAUCUAAAGAUGAAGGAGCUACACAAGGAAGAAUGUGUGAAGAUAGUUUCUUUUAUGUGGCCUCACUGGUCCUCCUCCUGUGACUCCGGUUCUCUCUCAUCUCUUAACACAGAACACUUGCUAAAUAUUUACCUGGACUCCCAGCUUGCAUUUGUCACGUGCUGCACACAAAGCUGUCGCCUAUGCACCUCGUGUUUUACCCAAAAAUGCUGCAAGUUUCAACACUAAUAAAUUUUACUUAGCAUCUUUUAAGAUUUUUUUCCCCCCAAAAAGAGUUGCUUUUAAAAAAGAUCUGAGAUAUUUUUUUUAACUGUUUCCACUUUUAUUUUUAUUUUUUUUGAUAAUUCACACCAGGUCAUACGAGGCGCACUCGUAUGACAAAAAUACAAAAGGGCCACAGCUCUCUGUUGUUGCCAUCUUUCAAAAAUUGUUGUUCUUAUCUAAUCAGCCAGAAGACAGAGCUCGGCCUCUGAGCUUCAUCUCAUUAGUGUCUCUCCUGGCGAAAUGUUUGCCAGGCUUACAAUCAUUCCAGUGUUGCUCUGCUGUGAGGCGUGCCAUUCCUGCGCUUCCUUGACCUCAGUCUGCUUAAUGUCUCUCUGCUGUGCUUUGUUUAACUCAGACGCAUGAAAAGAUGAAGGUCCAAUUGUUACAGCUGAGCCAUGAUUUACAACUCUGAACCUCUUGGGCUGCCAGACUCCAAGAGAGCAUGCACCGCAAAGUUGUUUCCAGGAAACCUCAUUUGUGUCCUUUUUUUCCACCUCAAAUGAAACUUUGUAUUUCCCACAUGCCCAUUUAACUGUUAUAUGUGUGUCUUUAUCGUCCUGUUCCUGUGUACAGCUGUCUUGGUGAUAACAGACCAUCAUCUGUGUCCCUGCACUAACUUUCAGCCUUACACGGUGAAUUAUGUUCAAUAUUUUAGUGCAGGAUCGCUAAGCAUUCCUCUGUGUACCCUGUUGGUUGCUGCAGUUUGACCCCCUUUACCUCUUUGCAAGCUUCUGUCCCAUCACAAGCUCCACGUUUUAACAAGCAUGCAUUAUUUAAUUUCACUUAAAAGUACAACAUAAUUCAUGAAAUCUGAGAUUAAGUUUUGCUGCUAGAAAAAAAAAGAAAUUUCUGGUUGUGUUGUAUUUUCAAAUCUCUAAGUGUCACAUGUUUUCUUUAAAACCAUCAAUAAAGAUAUAAAAUGAC